CAUAUAUAUGAAGAAGAUAACAGCUAGGGUUUCCUCUGCUGCUGCUUGUGUAAACACAAAAACCCUAAUUUCAGCUCUCAUCCAUUUCCUAGCAGCAAAUCUGCAAUCAUGAUCAUUCCUGACAAGAAUCGCAAGGCCAUCUCCAAAUACCUCUUUCAAGAGGGUGUUUGUUUCGCCAAAAAGGAUUACAAUUUGGCUAAGCAUCCGGAAAUCGAUGUACCAAAUUUGCAAGUGAUUAAGCUUAUGCAGAGUUUUAAGUCUAAGGAAUACGUGAAAGAGACUUUUGCUUGGAUGCACUAUUAUUGGUAUUUGACCAAUGAUGGAAUUGAGUUUUUGAGGACUUACUUGAACCUGCCUUCUGAUAUUGUUCCUGCUACUUUGAAGAAAUCUGCUAAGCCUCUUGGUCGUCCAUCUGGCGGGCCACCAGGCGACCGUCCACGUGGUCCUCCUAGAUUUGAUGGGGAUAGGCCAAGAUUUGGUGACCGAGAUGGGUACCGUGGUGGUCCAAGAGGGCCUCCUGGAGAAUUUGGUGCCGAGAAGGAUGGAGCUCCUGCUGAUUACCAGCCUGCUUUCAACAGGGGUGCUGGUGGUAGGCCAAGCUUUGGUCGUGGAGGUGGCGGCUAUGGAGGAGCUGCACCACCAAGCUCAAGCUUCUCUUAAACAUUAGGAGUCGUAGUUGUUUUUGCUGGCCAGGUUAAAAUGUCAAGAUUUAGGGAAUGCUACUGCUAUAUUAUCACCCGAGUUGUGUUAUCUUUAUAAUUUUGUUAAACAUGGAUCUUGUCUUUAUUUGAUAACCAGAUUGGUGUUAUUGUUGUCUUCCAUCUUUUGUAUGAAUCUGUUAUCUAGCUUUUGAUUUGUGAA